GUGACUCAGAAACCCCUUCCCCUAAGACAAGAAGGGAGCAAAAGGAACAGGGGAGGUAGGGUACCAGUCAAGAAGCAACUUCAGAAGAAUCUUUAGAAAGAGUAUUGAGACGAACACAAAAAUUUAGGCAACUUAGAAGUUCCUAACAUCAUCUGGAAAAAAUACAGUUUCUCAAAUAGGGAGCACAUUAGAAUUAUUUAACUUUCCCAUUGGUGGAUUUUACCUCCUGCUCUCUGUACUUUAUUGAAAUAAUAUCAUAACAAAGAACAGUGGUCUUCUUCUCUCUCUAUUUUUUUUUUUCUUAGGCUGGAAGUUAGAAAAGAAGCCAUUUUUGUCAAAUUGCCAUCUCUCCUAGAGCUUCUUCAAACUCUGUGCAGGAGGUCAAGGUCAUGGACAUGGAGACAAAAAACUAUAGCAGCAGCAUGUCAGACUUUAUCCUUCUGGGCAUCUCUUCCAACCCUCAUCUUCAAAAACCCCUCUUUGCUGUCUUCCUCAUCAUGUACCUGGUCACCCUGGUGGGCAAUGUACUCAUCAUCCUGGCCAUCCACUCUGACGCCCGGCUCCACACCCCUAUGUACUUUUUCCUCAGCAACCUGUCCUUCAUGGACAUCUGCUUCACCACAGUCAUUGUGCCCAAGAUGCUGGUGAACUUACUCUCAGAGACAAAGUCCAUCUCCUAUGUGGGCUGCCUGGUCCAGAUGUACUUCUUCAUGGCCUUUGCAAACACUGACAGCUACCUGCUGGCCUCUAUGGCUAUAGACAGGCUGGUGGCCAUAUGCAACCCCCUCCAUUAUGACGUGGCUAUGAGCCCACGACACUGCCUCCUCCUGCUGCUGGGUUCUUGCACCAUCUCUCACCUGCACUCCAUGCUGCGUGUGCUACUCAUGUCCCGCCUGGCCUUCUGUGCCUCCCACAUCAUCAAGCACUUCUUUUGUGAUACCCAGCCUGUGCUAAAGCUGUCCUGCUCUGACACCUCCUCCAGCCAGAUGGUGGUCAUGACUGAGACCCUGGCUGUCAUUGCAACCCCUUUCCUCUGCAUUCUCUUCUCCUACCUGAGAAUCAUCUUCACGGUGCUGAGAGUCCCCUCUGUAGCUGGGAAGUGGAAGGCCUUCUCUACCUGUGGCUCCCACCUCUCUGUGGUGGUUCUGUUCUAUGGAAGUGUCAUUUAUGUCUAUUUUAGACCUCUGUCCAUGUACUCAGUGGUGAAGGACCGGGUGGCCACAGUUAUGUACACCAUAGUGACACCCAUGUUGAACCCUUUCAUCUACAGCCUGAGGAACAAAGAUAUGAAGAGGGGUUUGAGGAAACUAAGGGACAGAAUUCACUCAUAGAAGGAACAUGAUAGAAUAUCACAAUUGGGAGGUGACCAAAGAGGUGAUCAGAUUAUCCUUCCUUCCUACCAUUUUCACAUGGAACCCAAAGAGGUGAUAAGAGGUGGUAUUGAAACACAGUGAGAGCACCGACAUUAAAGCAGGAUUAUUUUGGUUCUACAGUGACCUUGAUCAGUCCCAAGCUAAUUACUGCUAGGAAUCCUGAUUUCAGGAGAAAUAGUGGAAAAAAAGUAUCUC